UAGUCUUUGGUUAACAUUCAACGAAUACAAAGCUCAGUGCCACGUUUUAUUUUUUUCCCCCGCACGUAUAUUUACUUUCACACACGCUCUUUAAUAAAAAAAAAGAAAAGUCAGAAAAGUGAAAUUCAAAAGUGCAUCUUUAAAUUCUUUUCCAUCAAUAUUUUUACAUUCAGGUGCGAACAAAUGAUGUAGGUACUAAGAAAGGUGAUAAAACAGAUAGCAGAAUUUCAAAGAUAAGGCACAAGACUGCAAAUAUAUAGUUGAAUUUUAUUAUUAUUACUGGAAGUAAAAGACAAAAACGAAAAAGAACCAGCCAUCCUCAUGUGUCUCGGCAGAGAAAAAACUGGUGGAAGCAAAGAAAUGUCACGGAAUAGACAAAUUAAAGUGACUGCAGUGGGAGAUGGAAUGGUUGGCAAAACUUGCAUGCUAAUUACAUAUACAAAUAAAAAGUUUCCUACAGAGUAUGUUCCCACUGUUUUUGAUAAUUAUCCGGACCAAAUAAUGUUGGAUGGUGAGGAAUUUAACGUGACACUAUGGGACACUGCAGGUCAGGAAGAUUAUGAAAGACUGAGGCCUUUAUCCUAUCCCCAUACUGAUUGCUUCCUGCUUUGUUUCUCGGUUAGUGCUCGAAGUUCAUAUGAAAAUGUGGCCAGUAAAUGGCAUCCGGAGAUAAAGCAUCAUUGUCCCAACGUUCCGAUAGUUCUUGUUGGUACAAAAAGUGAUUUGAGGAGUCAAGAAAAUUUAGAUAUAGUGACACAACGAGAAGCGAAAAAAAUGAAAAAGAAAAUUAAAGCCUACAAAUAUGUCGAAUGCUCGGCAAUAAAACAAGAAGGACUUGAACAAGUAUUCACAGAAGCUCUAAGAGCCGUUUUAAAAUCACCGUCAUCGAAAAAAUUUUGUUGUGUAUAGUUCCAUGAUGAAAAAAAAAAAGAAAAAGGUAGAAUAAUAAUUAAUGUCCAUAUAUAAAUAAAUAUAUUAAUUAAAAAAUAAAUAAUUUAACGAUAUUAUUUUUUGAUAAAAAAGAAAAUUAAAUUUUUCUUAUCAAAAGUAAGUCAUUAAAUAAUUUAUUUAGUAAAUGGAAUUUUUUUAAAAAAAAUUUCA